GAGAGACCCGCCCCCUCUUGGACGCAGUUACGGCUCAGGUUCUCGACCCCUCGCAGCACUAGACUUAAGUUCGGACAGUAUUUUACGAUGUCAGCGUCUGAGUUUGAGUCUUUAGAGAAGACGUUAGAAACACACCUUCCAAAGGAGGAACUUAAAGAAGUGAGACGAAUUUUAUUCGGAAAGGAGACGAAGAAGUUGGACCUGCCAGCAUGUGCAGUAGAUGCUGCUUCAGAGCGGGACUUUGAACUGCAGGGGCAUGUGUUCGAGGCUGCCCAGGAGCAGCUUAGGCCUCCGAGGCCCGUUCGGGUUGGGCUCAUUCAGAACCGCAUAGUUCUGCCCACAGAUGCACCAGUCUUGGAUCAGAUCACAGCCCUCCACAAGAGGAUUGGUGAAAUGGUGGAUGUAGCUGCAAUGUGUGGAGUAAACAUUGUGUGCUUCCAGGAGGCCUGGACUAUGCCCUUUGCCUUCUGCACACGGGAAAAGGAGCCAUGGACUGAGUUUGCUGAGUCUGCAGAGGAGGGCUACACCACACGCUUCUGCCAAGAGUUGGCAAAGAAAUACAACAUGGUUGUGGUGUCACCUAUCUUGGAGCGAGACGAACUGCACAGCACUCUCUGGAACACGGCAGUGGUAGUUUCUAACUCUGGCAGCGUGUUGGGCAAAACCAGGAAAAACCACAUUCCUCGAGUUGGAGACUUCAAUGAGUCUACAUAUUACAUGGAGGGCAACACAGGCCAUAGAGUGUUUCAGACCCAAUUUGGUAAGAUUGCUGUGAAUAUUUGCUACGGGCGGCAUCACCCACUCAACUGGUUCAUGUACAGUAUGAAUGGGGCGGAAAUCAUCUUCAACCCUUCCGCUACUGUUGGAGGCCUCAGUGAGCCCAUGUGGGCUAUUGAGGCUAGGAAUGCAGCAAUAGCAAACCACUGCUUUACCUGUGGCAUUAACCGUGUUGGAACUGAACACUUCAAAAAUGAAUUCACCUCGGGCGAUGGUAAAAAAGCUCACCAGGACUUUGGGCACUUCUAUGGCUCAAGCUACGUGGCUGCACCUGAUGGCAGUCGCUCACCAGGGCUCUCUAGAACCAGGGAUGGGCUUCUGGUAGCAGAAGUAGACCUCAACCUGAAUCGACAAAUCAGUGACAAAUGGAGUUUCAAGAUGACAGGGAGGUAUGCUGAGUAUGCAGAAGGACUCACCAAAGCUGUCAAAAUGGACUUCCAACCUAACAUUAUAAAGGAAUAGAAGAUAUCUUCUGAUUCAACUAUAUGCUAUAACAUUGCCAUACAAUCAAAGUCUAAGGCCAGUUGAGAAGCACCAAUUAACCUUUAUUGAUUACAAUGCACAAAUGCAAUCAUAUAUUUCAUUAAAAAAACUAAGGUUGGCAUUGAAAA